AUGGACAUCUCACCCCAGAUCACCGAUUGUGAAGAGUACAAGAUACUCUCUUCGUAUCUAGUGAAUUCAGACACGACAGAUGCCACAAUAGACAGCCUCACAGCGUGCGCAACGUCUUCGCUCUCCAAGGACGAACUCGAACCACAUCUACGCAGAUUAUGGAACAGCUUUCUUCACCUCUCCAGUCAGCAAUCAUAUUCUUCAAAACAGCAAGACUCGCUUGUGCAGCUUUUACAAUCUCUGAUCACCGAUGCCUCUGUACUCAAAGACACCGAUAGUAAAGAGGUCGACUUUGAUGGCAGCAAAGUCUGGCAGGGUCUUCCUUUCUUCGGCCAACAAGCCCGCGAAUGCUGGAACUUUCCAUAUCACAAAGAAGUGGAUGCAAAGACUAGGGAUGCAUGGAUCAAUGUCAAUGCAUUUGUUGCACGCUUGACUGCUGUGGCAAUUAAUGAGCAUGGCGGUGAGAGACAAGGUUACAGUGCUCUUGACUACUCUCUCUACGGCAUCUGGAGUUUGAGAAGUGCACUCGAGGAGGAUUGGGAGAACUUGCCUGGUGAGAACACCACCGAUGCUUCCGUUGGUGCUGCUGCAGUAUGGCUUGCGUAUGCCGGACCUACACUGAAAGGUCUCUCAGACAGCAACAAGACUUAUAGUGGCAAGGUUGCAAAGCCAGGCUCUAAGUUCAAGGACGAAGAAUGGAGAGGUUAUACCAAGGAUAGAUGGCUAUCAUGGAAGAAAGAGCUCACCCAAGCAAAGAGCCUCGUGCAGGACAACAACAUCUCGGGUCUUGUGCGACUAGCUCUAAAAGUCAUAGAACAAUAG